AGCUUCUUUAUUUGGGCGCCAUUUUUCGAACGAUCGUUUUGUUGUUGCUGGAUUUAGUAUCUUUUCAUCGUUUUUAGCCACUUUCAAAUCGUUUGCGUUCCUUUUUUUAUGAUGCCUUCACGGUAUAACAGUGUCAGAAGUAUUUUUGAGGAAGCUCAGCGUGGAAUCCAGCACCACAAAAAGCUUCUGACGGAACUGAAAAGGCUUCAUGACAGCUCCUCAGAAGAUGAGUUUCAGGAAAGUUUCCUCUGGCAUUUGAAACAUGCCAUGGUAGUGUUCAACAGAGAACCUGCUGUUGAAAGAGUCAUUGAUUUUGCGGCCAAGUAUGCUACAUUGAAGGAUCACCGAACUUCUGAGCCUCAGAAGGUAAAAGAUGGUAUAGAACAGUAUUUAAACGAUUUGAUUUGUAGAACUGCUUUCAGAGUGCUCAAUAUUAAAACUAGAGCGUGAUUAUAACAGGACGGGUAAAUCAACUGUAGACGUGACUUAGCGUUUUAUUACUAUUUAAUUUCGUGCUACGCAACUACAGUAGCACUCUGCAAAAUUACAAGACUGGCAGUGUCAUGGGAAAAAAAAUUUGCUGGACAGUUGCUGGACUGCAAGGCAUUCAGCCCCAUGACUUUUUUCCAUGGUUACAAAUAGUGUUUUCUCCACAAUUUAAUAAGCCACCAUAGACUUAGCCUGAUUCUCAGACGUCCAAGUUAAGGUCGUUCAUCAGAAGUGAAAGUGACCACGAACGACCUCGGACAUUUGAGAAAUAGGCCACCAUAGAGUCAUACUGUUACGUACCUAAAACUCAAAAUUGUUGGACCAAGUACUACCGUAAACUUUUGAUUAUUCUAAUAAGCCCCCCUACCCCCACCAUAGACCUCUUUCAUAAUGGUGGCCUGUUAAUAUAUUCUUUUAUUAGUAUGAUAAAGGCCUUUCUGACCUCGUUAGCAUGUGCAAAAUACAAAAGAAUUCUUACUUUCAAACGAGGUCAGAAAGGCUGAUUAUCAUACAAAUAAAAGAGUAUAUUUAAUAAGCCGCCAUUAUGAAAGAAGUUUAUUAAAGCCCAUCUACACAGUACCUGUAAACAAAAGUUAUAAGCCCCCCAACCCAACAUAAGCCCCUGUCUAGCUUGUAUUGCAAUGAAUUCAACUUUUUACAAAGUUUUGAAGCCUAAAAAAGUGAUCAAAUUCAAAAAGCACUGCACUUGAUCAGCACUGCAAUGUAGCAUGUUUUGAAACACUUUUAUAAUUCUGUUAUACCCCCCCCCGAAUAUAAAAAACCCUCCCCCUCACCCUGUUUAUAAACCCUCCUAAAACCCCUUACAAAGUUGUAUAGACCAGCACUUAUAUAUAAUUGGAAGUUUAUGGUAUUUGUUUAAUUUAUGCUCUUUCAAUCUCAGGUUAUUUUAGACUCCGGAGCCUGUAGAGUUACAGGCCAUAAUUUUGGUUUUUAUCACUUUCCUUUUACUCCAAAGAUGUGUAUUAAGACAGAUUUACAAACAUGUGCCUCAAUAUGCAAUUGACUGCAGAAGUCAGAGUUACAUGUACUGAUAUAAACCACUACUUUUGUACAACACUUUAGAAUGGUCAAGGAAGUGAUGAUGAACAAGACAAUGCCAGCAAUGCCUUCCUUGAUUUCCUCUUCACAUUCCUACUUGACUCACAUGAAGCUAAAGACAAAGCAGUGCGGUUCCGUGUCUGUCAACUUAUCAACAAACUUUUGAACAACAUGGAUGAUGAUGCAGUCAUUGAUGAUGACCUUGCUGAUAGGAUCUUUGAGAGUAUGUUGACACGUCUCCUUGACAAGUUUCCUGCAGUAAGGGUUCAAGCUGUUGCUGCAAUCUCACGACUCCAGGAUCCAACAGAUGCUGAAUGUGCUGUGAUUUCCUCUUAUUUAAAACUCAUGUCAAGUGAUUCCAGUGCUGAGGUUCGCAGAGCCGUGCUUCUGAACAUUGCUCUCUCCACUCAAACUCUCGAGGGGGUUAUAGGUACUGCACAACAAAACUGUUAAUAGUUAAGUAUUUAAACAAAGGGAGGAAGAAGAAAAUGAAUAAAUGAUUAAACAAAUGAAUAAAUAAAUAAUUAAAGCUAAUUUUGAGGGGUAGCACGUCCACAUAGUGGUUCUUCAUCUACCUGAUUCCUGGUCAAAUUUAAUUGGAAUUUGGAAAGGGAAGUGAAUUUUUGUCUGUCGUUACCAGUCUCUUAUGGCUGGAGACAAUAGAAGUGAAGGUCUUCAAGAAAACCUCACUUUGCAAGCUUGUUUUACAGUUUUCAGGUUGUUUAUGGGUAGUUUUUUUUUUCGGUUUUGUUAUUCAGGAAGGACUCAAGAUGUUACAGAAUCAGUGCGCAAGUUGGCUUAUCGCAUUCUAGCAGAAAAAGUGAGCAUCAGAUCAAUGUCGAUUGCUCAGAGAAUGCAGCUCCUUUCAAGUGGAUUAAAUGACAGAUCAGAUUCUAUUAAAGAGCUGUGUACUCAGGAACUUCUUGGUGGUUGGCUGAAAAGUUUUGACCGGGAUGCCAUCCAGCUGCUCAAGUGUUUAGAUGUGGAGGGCUGCACUGAAGUAGCUGAUCUAGCUGUAAAAGCAGUACUCAAAGGUACUGAUCAGUGUGGACAUAUUCAGUGCACAUGGGCCAGUAGUAGUGGUCAAUUGAUUAAUGUUAGGUUAAGUUGUAUUUGUCAUAUCUUGUCUUUUCAGUCAUAACAGGUUACAUGCAUUUUCAAGCUAGAUUUAAAAAGCCUCUACCUGCCCACAAAUAACUUUUUAAUUGACCAACUUGGCUUUAUGGGCAUAGUAAAUCAUAGCAAUAGCUUAGAUCUUUGAAGCCUGAUUAGUACUAAAGCAGGUUCAAUGAGUUAGCAUGCGGUAAACCCAGGACUAGCACAAAUCAAGAAUGAACAUUAGGUAGCCAUUGCUAUUUGUACAAUAGGUCUGUAGACACUGGUAAAACCUUUCUUGCUAUCAUGUACAACUCUUUCAACCUUCAUGAACACAUUCAAUCUGUAUUAUAUCAUUCAGUGAAGUAGAAAAGUGUGUGUGGAUAUUUUUCACUUGAACACCAACAGUCAUUUUUGCAUCCUGUGAUUAUCAUUGUAGGAUUGCCAAAAGAAGAUCUUCAAAUGUACAUCAACUUGUUAAAGAAGGGCCAGGAAGAGGAAGGUCCGGUAAAGAUCAAAUAUGAAACUCUUUAUGCUGAGACAGCAUUUUACUGGAGGUGCCUUGGAGAACAUGUAAAGACUAUGGGAGUUGACGGUGAAGAACUUUUGGAUGAACUUCUUCCAGAAGUGUCUGGGUUUUGCAAGUACAUUCAGGGGUAUGUUUUUUGUAUGACUGUGAAAGCUGUGAACUACAUGUAAUUGUAAGUAAAUUUUCUCUAAACACUCAGACACCUCCCUUGCACACUGUGACACAUAACAUGGGCACUCAAUCUCUAUAGAAGACUCCUCUUAAAGACAUGGUUUCCAUUUACACAACAAGGGAAACUUUUGUAAAUGUGGCGCCAUUGCUUUUGUGAUAUGAAAAUGUUUAAAUAAUUUCAGGUAUGUGGAGAGCUGUUUAUGCAGUCACUCUUCAGAGGAGAAUUCAGAAAUUCAACACGUAUUUGUAAUCCAGCAACUUCUGACUUUGCUCGGUGUGGUUGACCUGUCUGAUGAAGUUGGAAGGUAUUUACAGUGUAGCAUUUUAUGAAUGGAAAUACUACAGCUACUCUUUUCCUCAAGUGUCAGCAAUUGUACAGUAACAUGGAGACAUAACUCAAAGUGAAAUUUGUAUGGGGAGCUGCACAUUAUUAAGCAGACAUGAGUUUUAUUUGUAGUAUAUUAAAAAAAUAGCCAAUUAUUUUAAAGGAAACAGAAAAUUAAUUCAAGCCAAAGGUGUUUUAAGCAAACAGGCUCCAAAAAAGCAGUGAAGCAUAUGAAUCAUAUAAAUAUAUUCAUACUGUGCACAAGGCUCCACAGGUUUAAAUUAAUAGGCAAUUAGAGCAAGAAGAAGCAAAUCUUUGUCAUUCAACAAAAAUAAUAAUACUUCCUGUGAUUAAGUAUUGUAACGGUUAGAAGAAUGAAAGGGUGGCAAGAACAAAUUAGAGGCUGCAGUGCAAUUAACCAGGCUAAGAGUCCAUUUCUUUUUUCCAGGAAAAACCUCUGUCAAAUGCUGCACGACUUACUGGUAUUGCCAGAGGUUCCAGAGUCGUUAAUAGGAGUUCUUCAUGCCAGGUACAUGGAUAUUCAACCAGAGGAAAACAACAGAAUUCAGGAGCUGGUGGAGAUUAUUGCUGAUGUUAGACAACCCAUGGUCAUGAUAGAGACUGCUCAAAACAAGGAGGAAAAACGACAAUGGGAACUUAAGGUUGUCCCUUGAUCAUGCAACUAGAGUCUCUAAUAUAAAUUCAUUUGACUGGCAGAACUAGUGCAUGUACCAUGAUUUAGACAGUUAUACUGGUAUUUGUGUUUCUGUAACAUACAUGUAUGUCACCAACACCCAAAGCUCAAAUCCCAUGAACAACAUUAUACACUUAAUGUCUGAUCUUGAGGGGAAACAGUUAGUUUUGUUUUCCCGAGAGUCUUGAUGUUUAUCAAGACGAAGUAGGGGGAAACAUCAGGAUUCGAGGUUGGUCGUCAGGCUUGCGUUUUAUCAGAUGCCUCAUAACACUCAGCUCAGUGACGACACAAAAUAUUCGUUGACUCUAUUUACAUGUAUUUCAGGUUGCUGGAAUUCGUGUCAAGCUGAACCAGUUCCGCGAUGAAAUGGAGCAAUGUGUGGUAAACCAGGAAUUUUCAAAAGCAGCAGAGCUAAAGCAGCAGAUCAUAGAACUAGAAGAGCAGAAAGAGUUACUUGAUUCACAGGAGUAUUCUUUCUCUCAGACAGUCAGGUCUGAAGAAAAGGUAAUGUUUAUUUCUAUGUGUGCUAUUCCCAAAGCAAGAAAAAAAAAUUGAAAAUUCAGGGAUGAGAAAACUUUAAUUUGAGUUUUCUGCAAAUGCUUGGAAAUAAAAAUGAGCACAACAAAGAAUGGGGUCUGCUAGGGAGCCAUAUUAUGCAAGCUACACAUGCAUGAACUGAACACCUCUAGAUUGAGAACAGAAAUGGAGCAAGCAUUUGCAGACACCAUAGUUUGUUCCUCAGUUUGUUUAGGUGGUGGCCAGAAAAAAGGCUUAAUUAAAUGUACAUGUAACUUUUUAACUGUAAGGGUUUUGUGUGCAAAGAAUUCAGGAUUCAGUUGGUACUGAAUAUUACAUUUUCAGUCGUUUUAUUUUUCUUUGUCUCAGGAUGAUCCAGACACACUAUUGAAGUGUCUAACUGUUGCCUCUGAGAUGCUGCAGGGCGUGACCACAAGUGGUCUCAACCCUACUCUCAUGACACUGGUUCAAACUUUGGUGAGCAUUUCUGAGUUACAGGAAACUCUUUGUAAUUCUCCAUUUCAACAAACGUCUACCUAACAGGGAUGUAUAUCUUUCAUUUCAUUAGAAGAACAUUUUAAAACGCUAUGGAUGUAACUAACCUCUUUUGCAGGUGCCGAUUAGUUUUUUUGGAUAGUUUUUAUAGAGUGCGUGUGUUCUCGAAAUUUCUCCUUUUACCCUAACAAAAGGCAGGCUAGGAUGUAACUGUCUGUAACUCGACAUUUACGGCUAGAGAUGCUUAACAGGAGCUUGCUAGCCUGUGGUUGCUAAGAAAUUGUUUGUCGUUUCUAAAGUUUUACUGAAACAUAAACAAGUUGAAAAGUUUGCCCGCUAAUUUUCUGGAGGGGAGGGGGCGGCAACACACAGGCUAAGCCUCUAACAAAAUAAUUCUUUGUACUUGCAGCUAGAGACUGAUGGUACAACAGCUAAAAAGUAAUAGACUUAAAUCUCUAUCUUUUUUAAUAUUUGAGGCUUGUGUAAUACAUUUGGCUUUGUUCGGGUCUGUAAACAGAGUUGAUUACCCCAAUCCCCAACCAAUUUUAUUCAAAAUGAUAUUGUAAAAGUAUUUUCUUGAAGAAGUCAACAUAUAUCAACGGAAGGUUUUUGUAGCAACUGACUCAAAAGCUACAACAAUUGGCAAUAAAGUUUAGUUAUGUUGAGUUCUGAACACAAUCGAACUUUUUCGCUGAACAUGUAUUAACGUGAAGUUUGUUAAUGACUUUUAACUCCAGAUCCUGCCUGGUGUACAGAAUGAGGAUCCUUUAGUGCGGAACAUGGCUGUCAGGUGUUUGGGCCUGUCUGCCUUACUUUCCUGUGAAUUUGCUCGUACCCAUCUUGUUCUAUUUCUUCAGGUAAUACCACAUUGAUAAUUCUUAUUAAAAAACGCAAGAUUUCACUAGAAAGAGAGAGAGAGUCAGUCAUAUUUAAUAGUCUUGAAAGCGCUCACGACCGUGUAAAAAUUAACAAUAGGUGACAUAUGAAACAGAGUCGUAAAAUUCAAAACGUUGCCAUUUCCUUCCAUCUCCGUUUUCUAUGUAGUGAGAACCAGAUUGUCUGAGUCACAAGUAGAAGCCGAAGAAUAAACCAAUCACAAUGCUUGUUGGAUGUUCCGUUGGUUUGAUUUUCCUUCCGUAUCGUAUGCUUGGCGCUUCUGAUUACGAUUGCAACUUUGACUCCGUGUGUAAUGAAUGCCGGCUUCAGUAAGCUGAUUCUCAUGCACCAAACGUGGCGUCCACAGUCAAGAGUUCUCAAAGAACCUGUGACCCAUAACAUCUGCAAGAAGUAUUAAACUGUUUUAAUUCGGUCUUUAUACCUGAAGCUAUGAAUUUAACAGUAAGAUCGCCAAGCCUAUUUUUCAUUUGCCUCAUGGCUUAAGACUGCCCCCUCCUGGUACAUUCACAAAGUUACGUGGGCAUUAAUUACUUAAUUUCCUAUCCUCAUUUCAUCUAUUUUUUUGCACAUGUUACAGUUUACAUUCGCAUGUUUCACGGGGCCUGCUCAAGGUAUUAGUGGCGUCAUUGCUCAGUUGAUUAGAGCAUCGCAGUGGUAGCGCAAAUUAAUAGGUUUAAACUCUGGCUUCUUUCCGCAGUUGCUGACGCGUUUGUACCCGCGGCGUUCACCUUUUCAUUCAAAAAAAAUGAGACACUCACAGUAAAUAAAGAAAAGCCAGCUGAUCUGGUGAUAAAUUUGUCUGCUGGCUUUUUAGUUCAACUGUUUACUUGGGAAAUAGAAUCAAGCAAAUUGUUGCAUUUGUUUUUUACACUCGCAGGUGGCCCAACUUGACCAGGAACUUGUCCGAGUAACAGCUCUCCAAGUUGUCUUUGAUCUUCUUCUCAAGUUUGGACUCGAGGCUUUUAAAGUCAAUGCUGCUGUCCCUGACCUGGACAACAGUGAACCAAGCACAGUUUCAGAACAGGACAAAUCCGGGACAGAGGACGAAGAGGAAAAAGCAGAAAGUGAAGAAGGAGAAGCUGAAAAUGAAAAGGAUGAUGAACACGAUGAGAUCCCAGCUCCUGACACAGAUACAGCAGCUAGUGUGUUGACCAUACUUACAGGAAUUCUAGAGAGUGAGGUACUGUUGACCAGGUUAGCGGUACAUCAGUGCCGGUAGAUACGUACAGCACAAGUCAGAACAGCUUGCAUUUCAGAACAUUGUUUUCAGUCUCCUUCCCAGUCGUCCUCGGUGAUUUCGAAUGUGACUUCACCUGUUAAUAUCGCACUCGGUUCCAACCCCCCUUCCACUCACUCGAAUAGCGCGAACAGGCCUGUGGCCUUGCCUGUGGACGAGGUUGCGUACGUUUUAUUUUGAGUAUGCAAGUCUAGCUACAAAAGCAGCUCUCCCGUAUUUUUUCUAUUGAGCAUCUUCAAGUGAAUUUCUUCUAUCAUGUAUGUGUCAGGAGCCCAUCAUCAUUUGAUGGGCUCCUGAUGUGUAAGUGUUUUAAAAUUGAGCCGCGUUUAUCUUUUAUACGCGCAACUUUUCAUACACUGCAGACAGUGGAAUUCCACCCUUAAAGUAAUAAUUUCUUGGAUUUCAUUCUUAUCCUCCACAGAGUAAUGAUCUACGCAAUGUUGCUGCCGAGGGUCUGGCCAAGCUGCUGUUAUCAGGCCGUGUUCUAAGUGCCAAACUGUUCUUACGUCUGUUGCUGUUGUGGUAUAAUCCCACCACUGAAGAUGAUGUCAACUUGAGGCACUGUCUGGGUGUGUUCUUCCCUGUAUUCGCCUUUGCCUCACGGUAUGUACGUGUGUUUGAACGAAGCUGUUCUCAAGUGCAGCAAGGCAGUUGCAGAGGUUCUACAGGGAGAGGCACUAACGAACAUCGAGGGUGUCCUGUAGAUGAUCUCUGGAGGAGAUCAAAGUUACUGCUAAACACAGAUGCCCAACAGUGCAUUUUUAAUUAUGUGAAGGAGUCAUUUUUUGUAGUUUUGUGGUUUAUUACUUUUGCUAGAAACUAAAGAGUGCAAAUAACGUUUUUGCUUAUGAGAAUAUCGAAGGAAACUCUCAGGAAAAAAUGGCGACUAAAGGGUAUGAGCUAGCGACCAAAAUUUUUAGAUCAAUCGCCCGCAUCACCAAGCCUACUUAAUAAAAAAAUUAAUUUUAGCCCUGCUGAUGUAAGUGAAAAGCUACAAAAAAGCUGCAGUAGAAGGUUCGCUUUCUGAUUGUGUUUGGCAAUUUAGCGCUGUAAAACUGAAGGAGGAAAGAUUUUGCUCGAUCACUCACCCUGGCUGAUAUUGUAAGUCAAUAGGUAUGUGAGGUUUCGAUCUGUCUGAACUACUCUCAUUUGGACAACCACACUAGACAGAAUACUACCACAGUGACUGCAAUACAUACGUACUUCAUUGACUAUUUGACCAACUCGCAUCUGUCCACUGUAUUUUGUAGCACGAACCAAGAGCUUGUGGAGGAAGCCUUCCUUCCAACUCUGCAGACAUUGUUUAGUGCUCCUGUGUCAUCUCCACUAGCGUCAGUAAACGUCAAUAACGUGGCUGAGCUGUUGGUGCAACUGACAAACUCUAAAUAUUUGGCAAAGCAAGGAAACUCCAUUGACAACACUGAGGUAUAUAUGUGAUCAGUAAAACACAGUUGAAUCAGUAUUUGACGAUAGACAAGUGUUGCACCGUGUUUAUUAAUGGUUCAAUUUUAUCCUCGUAUAAAGUGUUAUCUUGCUCUGUAUAUCAUGUAUGAUAAAGAGUUUGAAACAAAGGGAAAUAAAUUUUAAAUCAAGGAUUAAAUUAAACCACCAAAUGUAUAACCCAUCACGGCUUUCUUUAUCUAGCCGAUUCGAACCCUCUUCCGCUCAGCCGGUUUUAACAACAGUCGUUCCCGCGGAAAUGUCCUUUAUGUUUCCUCUAAAUAUGAUUUACAAGCAUGGACUAUGAAGUAAAAGGGAUCCCAAGCCCUACCUUUGGACACGACCCAGUGGCGCUCUCUUCAGAACAGAGCAAAGCUCCCAGUACUAGAUACAGAUCUUUUUUGAGCCCCUGUGACUUUACACUCUGUAGUCUAGCACCUUACUAAUUGACCUAUUAAACAAUAUUACUAAAUAAGGUGCCAUUUUGUCCUCUUAUACUAAUUGAGAAUGUCUUCUUACAGGUGUCUAGCAUUCACGUAUCGCUGAGUCUAGCAGUGGCCAAUGAGAUCUUAUCUGCUCCCGAUGCACCUGGUGUACGGGUGCUCUGCAAGAUCCUCACGAUGAUGGACCUUACUGGCUGCGCACAGUCAACCAUCAAGGAAAUGAAAAUUCUAACUGCAAGAAUGAUUGAGGUACCUGUGAUGCUAUGCAUACGUUUUCUUUUUGAAUCAUCGCCAUCGUCAUUGCACAGGCCCAUACCCUACGCAAAAUGUACAGGGUUCGCCAGAUUUACCGUAACCUUUUUUUGUUUUGGUCCAUUUAAAAAUGCUGUUUGUGGGAGUUUCGUCACAACUCCGAGCACAACGCAAAAAAAGACAAUGCCUUGCAUUUUGUAAAUAAAAUCACAAUUUUCAGAAGAAGUUUUAAACUAGCUAUUACUUGUAAAAUACUCCUUUUAAAUGUUGAAAAUUAGAUCAUCUCCCUGAAUAUGAAUGGCUAUGUUUCAAUGUCACUGACAAGUACAAUAACCUAAUCCAUUUUCUCAUGAUGAUAUUUAUGAUAUCAAAUACGUUUUCUAGGCUAUUGAGGAUAAUGUGUCUUUGAAAGCACUAAAUAAAUUUCAGAAGUUGCUGCUGGUUCUGACAGACUCCGAAAACGGUAAGAUAAGAAGUCACAUUUAAACUUGUCUCAGCUACGGGGAGGUAAAAAGUAGUUCAUGUUGACACAUCUUUGUACAAGUGAGAUAACAAUACAUAUUUAUACCGUUUCUGCGCCCGUUUCUGUAAUGCGAGAACCUCCAAUCUUUUGCUGUUUUUUCUGAAAUAUAAUUGAUAUUCCUUUUUAGUCAUCAAUCGCUCCUCAGUGUCAAUUCGUGUUAAUCGCAAGCGUGUUUAGAUCGCUUGUCUUUUGAAGAUUCAUCAUGCGUCUGGGUUAGUUCAGCAAUUUGGCCAUCGAGUGUUGUUGCUUUGCCAGAUAUGUUAAUCAUAAACAAUGUACCGUAAAAUUCCGAAAAUAAGCCCCUCCAUGUAUAGCCCCUCCAAAUAUAAGCCCCCCAAACUCGUAACGCAAAAAACCCUCCGGUAAAUCGCCCCUCCAAAUAUAAGCCCCCCGGGGGCUUGUACUUGGAAAUUGCCCUCAAAUACAAAAUAAAACAAGGUAAAAACAGUAAAUUCCCUUCCAACUAUAAGGCUACCCCAAUCAAUUUUGAAACGCAAAUUUCCCUCCACAGAUAAGCCCCUCCAAAAAUAAGCCCCUCAAAAAGGGCCUUUGAAAAAUAUAAGCGCUGGGGCUUAUUUUCGGAAUUUUACGGUAUUUGAUUUAAACCGUUUGAUACUCUUAAAGAAGGCGGAGAUGCCUCGCAGACAGAACCUGAGGAGGUUACGGCUCAAGGACAUGCCCAGGAAACAGAAGGUUCCUAUGAGACUAGAGGAGAUGAAACAGUCGUACCUAAUACGGAAUCCACCGAGAUAUUCCAGGGGACUGAUUGUCCUUCUGAAGAUGGGGCGCCCACAGAAAGGCUGCAAUGUCACACAGAAGAGACAGAUGCGCCACUUAGUGGUGAGUGAGCUUGUAUUGAUUUGAAGUAUUAAAGUAGUGUAGUGUGCCUCCAUUUGACCCCAUUUGAAGAGACGCCAAUUUCGUCUUGUGUUCAGGGGCCUGUUACUCGAAAGUUCCGGUAACUUUUCGGGCCUGGAAAGCUGUUUGGUGUUUGUUGUGUUUGCAUUCAAGAGCAAAGUUUCAAAAAUUCACAAAAUAAUACAAUGAAACUAUCAGUUGACGAAGCAAAAUUGACUGGUUUGUGGGCCAGGAACUAUGCUACUAUUCAAGUAGUUUGGAUUUUAAAAUUUGCCUUCGGACCCGGAAAGUUAACGGGCCUUUCGAGAAACGGGCCCCAGUUCCUGUGAGAAUAGCCUUCCGUUGUGUAAAAAUAUGACUCUAAUGGAGGGUUUUUUAGUUGAACAGCGAUGCUUAGGUAUUGUAUUUAUACGCCAUUUGUGUGGCUAGGUAUGCUCACGUUUCGUGUCAACCAAACAACAGUUAAGGCAAGGCCUACUGAGUCUUGUAGGAAUACGUUUUUCCUUACUGAUUGCCACCUUGAUGACUUACAUUGAGUUCUGGAUUGUGUUUGCUUUUCUUGUAAUGGGCAGGUCAUGUCCUGUACUUCUCUCGGGCCGUAAUUUGUGUCAUGCGCGAUCCUCCUUUCUGAUUUUAGGAUAAAAAUAAUUUCAUUUUCUUAAUGCAUCAGUACAUGGACUUAAAAAGUUUUUUUUUCUGUUCUUAGUUUCAGAGAAUACAUGUGAGGUCCCACACAAUGACAAAACUCAAACUGAAAAUAGACCACCAAAAUCUAAAACUAGAACAAAGAGCAAGAAAAAAACAACAAAAUCAACCGCUGAGGUGAACCAACUAAGGUAAGAUGGGUUGGACAGGUAUAAAUAUUGCUGCAUCUCAAUUGUAACAUGCUAUUUUGUUCAUUAGAGGUUAAAAAUCAUGUGUUCUUCGUGGUAAAGGUAUAGCAAGCCCCGGCACUUCUCUUUCUCGUGCUUCACACUUGGUUUUUGCGCCUGCACACAUUUUAAUUUACGAGGACAAGCCUAAUCUGAAGUUACCUGGGAGCUAUUUCAGCCUUUUUUCAUUGCGUUUUGAUUUUUGUUUUCCAGUCCCUCCCGUGUGAUGAGCGAAGACACGCUAGCAAGACGAACAAGAUCUACCAGGUACAUUAAAAGAGUGCUUCAGAUGAUCAGUUUCAGGCCUGGCAAUAAUUUUUCUUAUUAGGAAGGACAUAUUGCUGAUCAUGUCACCGUUUUAGCUGUACAAACCACAAGAGCUGUUGAAAAUACAGUCGACUCUCUCUUAGCGAACACUUUUAUAAAGACGGCUACCUAAAAUCGGUCCCUGGCUUUCUUUACUCCCUUCAUUUGACCUCUCUGUGAGACGGAAGUUACUCUUCGACAGCGGUUCUAAAGGUGUUCGUCUUAAAGUUAACUUUACACUGGUUUGACUUUAAAAAUUUCUUUGUUUACUAUGCGAAUCUUCAGCCACAAAAUGCUGACAUGUCCGGUUUCAUGUGGGAUUUCGUCGGACAAGAGCAGAUUCGAUUCCGAUGGCCGACUGUUAUUUGCAGCUCUACAUUUAUUUACUAUUUAAGAUACAUUUAUUUGUAGUUAAGUUAUCGGUUCACACGCGUGUCCUUUUUGAAUUUUUGACGCAUGCAAACUCAAGCGUUCACAGCUUCUGCAGUGAAAUUACAUUUUUAUGGUCACACCAUGAUAGGCAUAUUGUCGCUCGGAGGCGCAAAGGUAUUAUCCCGUAAAAUGUGAUGAGAGUGACGCACUCUAGUACACACGCACUUGGCCCUCUUUCUUCGGGCUUAUCACUCUGCUUUAAAGCGCCCAACAUUUCUCUUUUGUAAACGUUUCCCAUACGCUCGCUCGCUAAACGCUAGUGCCCAUGGGCGCUUUCCAUUCAACCCAGAAUUCCGGAAAUUUCGGUUGGUGCAUCUAAUGGAACGGACCAUUUCGGUUUGGUCCGACCGGAAUAUUCGGGACCAGCUUUGAAGGUGGUCCACUUUGACCGGACCGGUUAUCUCAGUCGGUCGGACCGAAAUGCCGUCGCUUCUCUCCCUCCGGAAUGUACCGUUCCAUUAGGCACGUGGAAUUUCCGAAAUUGUGUUGAAUAGAAAGCGCCCCAUGUCUUUGGAAGUGAAAUUCGCGAGGAAGUUUUUUUUUUCGACGAUUUACUACGAAAUGUUUUAGCGCAACACAAUUGUGCACGCGUGAUCCGUUGUAAACGGACGUGUUACACGGGACGUUUUUUGGCGCAACAAAGGAACCGAAAAGGGUACACAAAAGGCGUCGCGCAGAAAAUUGACAACACGUAUGUUACACGAAACACGGAGUUCGUAACUUGUCGUCGCAAGUUUUAGAGCCUCUUCAAAAACUUGCAACGCGAAAAUUGUGCAGAAAAUUGUAAGCGCAUUCGGCAAUAAAUUUUGACGCAACAUCGUCGCGCUAAAAAUCAUCGUUGCGAAUCGUCGUGUGUAUCAUCACUUAAGACAGAUCAAAUCACUGACAGAACUUUUUAUCCACAGGAAAAGCAAGAAGGAUGCUGGCAAAAAGUUAGCUACCUCCGCGAUAAAUUCAGAUGAAGACAACAGUGAAAAGGAAAAUGUUUGCAACGAUUCCGAUGAUGUUUUUGCCUGAAUCAGCUGUUAGUGGCAUCUAGAUUUACGAACUAUCCAUUAGUAUGUUUUAAUUUGAAAACUUUAACUCAUGUAGAUUGAUUUUUUGAUUCAACUGACAGUUGCAGGGUUAACAUGUGUUCACUAACUUACACACAAAUUCGUCUUUUACAUAGAUUUUCUUCUGAGAUUUCGGUUUGUGGAAUGUUUUGCCACAUCAAAGUCCUCUGCUAAAGGAUGUAAAUAAACAAAGUGAAAUGAGAAAGUCCUGCUCAGAUUCUCGGCUUGUCUUAAUCCGAACGUGAAGGUUGUCCAACCGAAAAACAGCCGGCCCCACCCAUAUUUUAACGCAAC